AUGCGUGGCCCCUGCCCGCCUCCUCCCUCGUCCACUGCGGCCAGAUUUACUCACCUCUGCCCUUGGCAUCCCUACACAUCGCUGAUCACUUUCUACACUUCUUCAACUGUCUAUUUGUAUGCAAAGAGCGUCCUCACAUAUCCCCUACACGACGUCGUCUCUUCAUACCCCCUUCCCCGCGCCCAAACGCUGCCGCAAUUCAUCCUCCUCCGCGCCGUCGCCCUGAUUACCGAAUUCCAACAUCGCCGAUUACGCCGACAGCUCUCGCUCUCCCUCUCUCACGCCCAACGUACCCUCGCCCCGGCCAAGUCUUCGCGCCUACACAUCUCGACGCAUCUCCCCAAGGGUCGCUUGCUCCGUCCGAACAACGGCAUACACCGUCUGCCGUUGCGCCAGCAGUCAUCGGCGCCCGUCGCUCCUCGACCCCGCCACUUGUAUCGCGACGACAAACAACACAUACACAACGCGACGCACAUCCAGAGAACUAUGGGCAAAUCGCAGUCGAAGCUCUCGCAGGAGCAGCUCACCGAGCUCCAGAACUCGACGCACUUUGACAAGAAGGAGCUUCAGCAGUGGUACAAGGGCUCAGGCUUCCUGAAGGACUGCCCCUCGGGCAUGCUGAGCAAGGAGGAGUUCCAGAAGAUUUACCGGCAAUUCUUCCCAUUCGGCGACCCCACCUCGUUUGCCGACUACGUCUUCAAUGUUUUCGACAGCGACAAGUCUGGGAGCAUUGACUUUAAAGAGUUCAUCUGUGCCUUGAGUGUUACCAGCCGGGGAAAGAUGGAAGACAAACUAGAUUGGGCAUUCCAGCUAUACGACAUAGACGGCGACGGCAAGAUUAGUUAUGACGAGAUGCUACAAAUCGUAGAGGCAAUCUACAAGAUGGUCGGCUCCAUGGUCAAACUGCCCGAAGACGAAGAUACCCCAGAGAAGCGUGUACGCAAGAUUUUCCGCAUGAUGGACAAGGACGAGAACGGGUCUUUGGAUAUGCAAGAAUUCAAGGAGGGGAGCAAACGCGAUGAGACGAUUGUGUCAGCCUUGUCCUUGUACGAUGGGUUGGUGUAG